AUGAAAUUCUCCAAGGCCACUCAUGUAUGCCGCUUCAACGUGGGCAUCAAACCCCAGAUGAAAGUCCGAACACACGACCAGAUAGACAAGCGAGUGCCUCCAGAAAUCUGGGAACAAAUCUUCAGUCACCUCUACCCAUCGCAGCUCUCCCGGAUGUCGAUGGUCAACAAUAACUUGAACGUGAUCGUAUCAUCAUUAGAGGUCUGGCCGCGGAUGUUUUAUGCAGCUCAUGGACCCAAGGCACAAUUGCGACCGCUUAUGUCUAUCCCCAGGUUCAAGAGCAGCUACAUGAUGUUCAUGUGUGCAUUGAGUCUUCUCGUCUGCGAAAAGUGCUUUGGUCUGACACGACACAACGCCGACAAACUCUACAAGCUGCCCCUUCCUAUUCCCGUCCUGCUCCCGAGACGAUCCACAGACGCGAUCAAGUACGUGGGUGACAGGUUUGAUCCAAACUGGACCAUUCGGAUGUGCCUCCCGUGCCGACAGGGCCAUAUUUCGGACUUGGAGGAACCUGUCCCACAACUUGAUUUAGAAGAUCGGAUAAAUUGGAACAGCUUGCUCAACAAAUAUCCCUGUGCAGAGGAGACGCCGGAGUUACCUCGUCGACAUUUCCACAACCAAGGGAUUUGUGAAUUAGAUGCCUUAAAUCGUAUGCGACGACACUUUGGCGGUGAUAUUGGGAUCAAGGCUUUUAAGGUCUCCACAAAAGCAUAUGAUGAGACGACAGAGACCAGGGUUCGCUGGUAUCAACUCCAAGAGUAG